AUGACAUUCUCUAUCCAGCCAGCCUGUAAUUUUGACGCCUGUGCCCUUGCAAAGAUUUGCGGCGACUCUUUCCACAAUGACCGUAAUACACAACUGAAAGCCCUAGGGAAGAACCCGUACAAUCUGGAGCAGUCAAUGAAAACCAGUAUUCCUCAACAAAUCGCAUCCCCCAACACAAUCAUCCUGAAACUGAUCGACGAGGAAUCCGGGGAGAUCGCCGGCUGGAUAUCCUGGGGGUUUCGAGGUUUCAGUCAUACCGAGAUCUCAGAGAUGCAGCCUAAUAUUGCAACCACGUCUAAGCCUCAUACUCUUCAGCCCUGCAAGGCCGACAAGGCAGAGGAGAAGGACAACACUCCCCCAGAAGAGAUAGGAAGGGCGUCGGUGGAAGAUGAUCCAAUCAAGCAGCUCGAAGCGUUGACCGGCGCGGAUCUCAAAAACUGGAUGGAUCGGCUUAUGCCCGACGGCAUCAGAUGCAUGUUUGUCAGCUCGCUCUCUGUGGCACCCAAGUGGCAGUCCCGAGGUUUCGGAUCUGCCCUCCUGAAAUGGGGUAUAGAGAAAGCAGAUAAGGCAAACGUCUUUAUAUGGGUACAUUCAUCAGAGGGUGCUUGGCAGAUGUACCAAAAGUCUGGGUUCGAGGUCAUAGGAACGCUUGAUGUCGACUUGGAUCAGUAUGCGCCUACGCCACUCAGUAGUGGCGAUAAUAGGACAUGGGGGCAUUAUGUAUUUCGGUACAUGAAACGACUCCCUCGGGGUUGA